CCGACAACACCAGCUAGACCAGCACGGCCCUUGGCCCCAACGCUGAAUCCGAACAUGAGAGUCAAUGAUCUCAUUAACCAGGAUAGGAAGGAAUGGGAUGUUGGUCUACUGGAGAACUAUUUUGACCCUGCCGAUAUACCCUAUAUAAGAAGUCAGGCCAUAAGCACCACUCAUCGACGGGAUACUUUCUGUUGAACUAUACUAAAAAUGGACAGUAUACAGUUAAAUUAGGAUAUUGGGUACCUCGAAACUUACUAAAGGCUGGAGAUGAGAAGGAGGUUUUGGAACCUAGUAUAACGAAGCUUCAAGCAUUUGCUUGGAAGAUAAAAGCUCCUCAAAAGAUUUGUCAUCUUAUAUAGCAACUGUUAACUAGUUAUGUGGCAGUGACGAGGAAUUUGGUACGACGUAAUAUGAGAUGUGAUAAUUACUGUCCACGAUGUGGAGAGCCGGAAGAAUCUGUAACUCAUGCAAUUUUUGAAUGUCCACCAGCUUUACAAGCUUGGUUUCUCUCAGCGACACCAACAAGUCAAGGGGUCUUUCCUCUUCCGAGCAUAUAUACACUAAAAAUGAAUCCUUGCUACUGUCAAGUUUAAUAAUGGUAAUUGUAAUAUUUGAGAUUCAAUCCAGAGGACCAGUUCACACUUUACUCUUAUGAGUUCGAUAUCAAGAUAAGAACAAUGAGUGGUUUUGAUUUUAAUAGUGACAUAGGGAACAAGUAAUGAAAGGUUGUAUUCAAUUUAAACAAUAAGCUAGCCUAGGGUAAUUCAUCGGUGCUGAUACUGAGCCAAACAAUUAUUCAAGCGCGAUGAGAUGCAAUCUAGAACUCGGAUCACUCGUACUUGGACAACCCACUGUCGUGGUGUUGUUCCCUUUGCAGAUCGAUCUUGUUACCUAAGCUCUCGCUUGGAACAAGAUGCGAUACCAAGCUUUAGAGAUCAGGUUUGAUCAGUUCACUUAACACCCUAAUAUCUACUUUCGCAGAUUAAGGAUACUAAGCUCAUUCAUAAUUGAUCAUGCUAUCUUCUACACGGUUAGUGAGUUGAUUAACUUAGGUUCGAACAUUAAGUGAUCAAGUUAAUGCAAGAAAUAAGGACUAUAUGAAUGAAGACACUAAUGAGAUUGCUUAUCUAUGUUCAGUUCAUGUGAUCAAACACCCUAAAACCCUAAGCAAGCUUAGCCGACUACUCGAUCAUUAUGCAAGAUGACACAGACAUGAUUUCUGAAUAAUACUGCAUAGAAAAUAGAGUAGAAAACAAAGGUUAAGGAUAAUCUUCUCUAGAUGCGAGAUGGAGCCUUCUCCCUUACAAGUUUCAAAUCGCCAAAGACAAUCUAGAGUUCUUGCAAAAACUAGCGUCCAAAACAAAAUAAAGAUAAGGAUGGCUUUUAUAUGGAGGCGCCAUCGACUUCAGAGGAGAAAUUAGGUGAUUAGGGCAAAUCUUUGAAAGAUAUAGAAACUUCCAUAAAUGUCGGGAACAAUCUUCUGGCUGCUCCUGUGGGAUCAACCGUCAGACUGCUCCGCUCGAUUGUUCCGAGGGGAAAGAUUCCAAUUCUUGCUCCUUUCUUCACGCUACUUCCUUCAACUUUUCAGUCAACUCCAGGCCUGAAAUGGCUCUAAAAGGACUAGACUAACUCGAUAAAACAUUGAAAAACAAGUUAGAAAGCAUAUACACAAUAGUGUCAAAAACACCAUAUAUCAUUUGGAUUUUCUCUUUUGAAAAAAAAAAAAUAUUGUUGAACCAAAAUUAGAGAGAGACCCAUAUCCCUGGAUAAUUUGGUACCUUUAGAGGUCAGAAAUGAUAAACUCUUUAGGAGAAUUGACAGGGAUCCUUUGGAGCUAGUCCGCUAUGCGGAGAGUGAGUGUCAAGCCUGGUUUAACGCAAAUGAGAUAGUACCAAUAGUUCCCCAAGCCCUUAAUAUUGAAGAACCUCAAGUCUUAAACUUGGGUAAUAUCUGCAUGAUAGAUGGGUCUUUGACAUCUACUGCACAGUUUAGUGAAUAUGGAUGGGUCUGGCUUGAUAGUUGGAGGAAGGUUCAACUUAUGGGGACCCGGAACCAAAUUCGGAGAGAGUCUGCAUUAUAUUCAGAGGUGGAAGCACUGAGAUGGACGAUCGAGUGUAUGCUUUAGUAUUCGACUUGUCAAAGUUUUGGAAUAGACUGCAAGGAUUUGAUUGCGAUUAUCAACAAGCCUCAUGCUUGGCCGAGCUUUGCGAAAGAAUUGGAGAGAAUAGAGACUCUCAAGAUAUGCUUCCUGGACUUCAAGAUCACUCAUAUUCCAACUCAUAUUCCAAGAACGCAGAAUCAGAUUUUAGAUUUCUUAGCUAGGACUGCGAGAUCUUUCGAUAGAGUACUCUAUUUCAUUGGUUAUUCUAUUCCGGUUUAGUUACCCAGACCACCUCAAGUUUGAGUAAUAGAAUAGCCUUUCGAUGAAAGGAAAAAAAAAACUGAAACAAAAUGGAAUGAACCCAAUAAAACUAAAAUUUUUGGUUUCUCAAUGGAAACUAAUUAUUGGUUUUUGCCAAUCUUUAUAUGAAGCUCAAAAUAAAUGGUCAAUAUAGUAGAUUGUAACAGACGAUCGAUUAUGGUAUUUGUCGGUAGAAAUUCAAAAUUUGAGAUAAACACUAUGAUAACCAGUUUAUUCUAUAGCACCAAAUUCAUUUUCACCGGAACUGAGGAUAUAUAAAAAAACAAAAUGAUUGUGCUAGUUUUAUUCGAGAAUGUUACAAACAUGAGGAAAUAGAACGCCAACAUUACACGCACCGAAUUUGACAAAGUUACGUGAAUGUAAAUCAUGUGAAGCUCACCAUCAUUGUGCAUGCAUAGUAACUUCUACUUUUUACUUCUAUAUAAAUGAACGUUUGUGUUCGACGAAAGACACACUAUCAUUUUUUAUCUUAUAAUAUAUUGUCUCUCCUUAUUAUAUUGUAUCAGUAUUAUCUCUUUUCUAUGGGUAAAAUUUUGCUCAUUUUUAAAUUUCUCUAUACUAUAAAAUAAUAAGUUAUUUUAUAACAGAGAAAAAAUUAAAAAAGGAAUACAAUACUGUUAAACCGGAUCCAACGACAUCAGAUAAAUAUUUGCACAAAAUGAACAUUAAUUUCAUUUUAGAUAAGCUUUCCAUGAGCGUCGGACCGGCCUGCUUCACAGUAUUAUUGGUAUAGCUGGGUCCGGUUUUAUCCCCACCCUAAUCAAUGGAAUCGCGGAUAUAUUAAUCGAAAAACAUAUAUUUUCUUGCACAAAUCUUAUAAAGGGUUCCACCAAAAAUCCCAUCGUUCUGACUUUAGAAUACACAAACAAAACCACGAAACCUAAAAUUAAGCAUUCGCCACAACGUGUCAGGACAGGUUCAAUACGAUAGUGAUGCCUAUAAACGUGGAGCAUAGUAACUACAACAACUCACUGAGCUUUGCACUUUGUAAUGACGAUUCGAAAUUCAAUGAUAACUUAUUUGGAGACAAGACAAAAACACAAAGUAACAUCAUCCAAUGAAUAUAUGCCACUUAAAUCUCCCAUUUCUAUUUAUGGCAAAUCGUCUUUGUCCACAUCAAAGUAAACUAAUCAAUAGACUUAUCCAAGACACAAAAUAAAGCAAAACAUUUUCUCUGUAAGAAACACAAAACCCCAAAAUAGUAGACAGCAUAAAAGCACCCUCAAGCUUCAGCUAUGAUUUAUCACAAUUGUUAUCUUCUUUCCUUUGCUUCUUCAACUUUGAUACCUAAAGUUUCCAUAUCAAGAAACUUGUGACAGAAACCCAUCUUCUUGGCUACCCAAAUCUCUAUUUACAAAACAGAAUCUCAAUUUCUUCACUCUCUCAUUACCCUCUCCUUACUUUUCUUGUGUUUAUAACAUGGAUUAUAACCUUCCCACUCCGUUAGAGGUUCUUGGAGAAACAGGACCAACGCCUUUCAUUACAAAAGCCUACAACAUAGUGGAGGAUUCAAGCACAAACAACAUAGUUUCAUGGAGCAGAGACAACAACAGCUUUAUUGUCUGGGAACCAGAGACGUUUGCUCUAAUAUGCCUCCCCAUAUACUUCAAGCACAACAAUUUCUCCAGCUUUGUUAGACAACUCAAUACCUAUGGGUUUAAGAAGAUUGAUACAGAGAGAUGGGAGUUUGCAAAUGAGUAUUUUCUGAGGGGACAGAAACAACUCCUUAAGAACAUCAAGAGAAGAAAAACAUCAUCUCAAACGGAAAUGCUAGAAAAGUUUGGACUGGAACGAGAGAUCCAGGGGAUGAGAAGAGACAAAGCCGCUCUAGUAAUAGAAUUGGCGAGAUUGAGACAAAAGCAAGAAAGCGUCAAGACAUAUCUUCGCUUUAUGGAAGAGAAACUGAUAAUCACAGAGAGAAAGCAACAAAUGAUGAUGGACUUCUUGCUGAAAAAAGUUCAGAAACCAAGUUUUUUAGAGAACAUAAAGAAGCGUAAGCAGCAAGAAAUCGAGAAUCUAGAGCAAAGUGAAGAGAUGACCUCAAGCCAUGGGGUUGAGGAUUAUGAAACGUUUGUUAAAGCUGAGCCGGAAGAGUAUGGUGAUCAAUUUGGAGGUGUGUUUGGUAAUGUGGAUGAGCUUCACAUAGCUUCAAUGGAGGAUCAAAGACAAGAUGAUAGGGUUCAAAGGGAGAUGAAUAGUGAGGGAAUUUGGAAAGCUUACGUGUUGAGUGAUGAGAUGUGUAUUUUAGGAGAACACUUGCUAUAGUUAAGUUAAAUUAUAGUCUAUGAAUUUUUUUUUUUAGUCUAUGAAAGUUUUUACAUAUAUAUAUUUUUUUCUACA